AUGAACGCUGAAUUGCCCAUCCUCCCAACUCCCUUUUCAACCUCGCCUCAUCGUUGUGGUUCGGGGAACUCCUCCCAAUCUAAACUACUUUCUACGCCACAUUCUAAUCGAACACCUGCCAGAUCAACGUCAACGAAGAAGGCGCAUCUUCGUCGGAUGUCACCAUCACCUCGGAUUGGAAGAACACCGGUCUCUACUGCCAAACUAACAACUGUAGAAUGUGGCGAUAGGUUUAUCCCGUCUCGUCGCUCCAUGAACGUCAGCUUGUGUCGUCGUUCUUUGUUCUCCAAGGAACCAAACGAUGACGAAGCUCGGGAUGAUAAACCAAACUCUCAACAACACAGCAAGCUCUUCAAGAAAUCCUUAUUGAGUUCUCUCUGCGACUAUCCUAUCGAGGCGUUGGACGACAACGCCGAACCGAAAUCUCUGUUUCGGUCCGGGAAUCGUGAAGCGCUAUCUUGCGUGCCGAAGACGCGAGUACGAUUGGAAGAUCCAUACUCGCACAACAUUCUAGGAGUGGGCUUCACUCGGUCAAGCCAUGGGAAUGGAAUGUCACUGCAACAAAAUCCUUCCCGCAACGUUGUUUCAAAUAAAGCGUUCAAGAUUCUCGACGCGCCUGACAUCACGGACGACUUUUACAUGGAUCACAUAAGCUGGAACAAGGACAAUGUGUUGGCGGUCGUACUUGCCAACACCGUCUACCUUUAUGACUACGUGGCUUCAAAUAGCUUCGAACUGGCAACAUAUGAUCAAGGACGUGCUGACUACCCUUCAGCCGUUUCGUGGUGCAAUUCAAACGACAACUCCAGAUUCCUCGCGGUGGGGACCAACUCUUCAGUCGAUAUCUGGGAUACACAAUCAGGGCAGAAGCAUCGUAACCUUCGUGGGCACCAAGGACGAGUUACAUCGUUGUCAUGGAACCAACACUGUCUGACAACCGGUGGAGAAGACUCGAUGAUCCUUCACCAUGAUCUCCGAUGCGCAAAUUCUUUGGUUUUACGUUGUAUCGCUCACGAACAAAAGGUAGCGGGGUUGAAGUGGAACAGAGAUGGAGAUAUGCUUGCCAGUGGUGGUAACGACGAUUUGAUGUGCAUCUGGGAUUUGAGAAUGACGUCUGCCCGAAAUGGAAUCGUGGAGCCUCGGCUGCGGCUGCGAGAGCACAAAAGUGCAGUAAAGGCCAUCGACUGGAACCCUCAUCGUCGGGGAGUGCUAGCGACUGGCGGCGGAACAAAAGACAGAACAAUCAAGAUUUGGAGCUCGCAAAGCGGAGCGCUUCUCAGCUCAACAGAUACUGGGUCUCAAGUCAGUUCAGUUAUCUGGAGCCAGCAUCGCAAUGAGUUGUGUAGUGCGCAUGGCUUCAACGACCAUUUGGUGAAGUUAUGGAAGUAUGGAAACGAUGCAACCUUGACCAAGAUGACUGAUUUUGUUGGUCACACUUCUCGUAUUCUGAGCACUGCGUGCAGUCCCGAUGGAUGUCAAGUAGUAUCAGUUGGAGCAGACGAAAGUCUGGGCUUUUGGGAUGUAUUUGGUGAAUCUAUUCGCCGCAAGCGUUCAUCGUCCAGUGUUUCGAGUAUAUGGGGCGAAGUAUCACUUGGGGAUCAUGUUAUCCGAUAG